AUGACGGAGGCGUCAAACCGUGUCGAUCCGCGCGGCGAGGGCAAGAUAGGUUUGCCCAUGCGUAGAAUUGCAAUACCGCAGUCGCCCACCACACCUCUGCCAUUGCCGGCUCCGCCUUCCGAUCCUGCGCUGAAGGAAGUGCAGCCCAAGAAGGGGGUUCGUGUUCGCGUCAACUCGCUGAGUGCGGCUGCUAUGUUCAAAAGCAGCUCUGCCUCCUCCGCUUCCUCGGCGACACCUUCGUCUCAACAGCCAGACAGCUUCAAGUCCAAGUCAAGACCCCGGUCAGCCACUGUCACGGAUGCGGGAACACCACCUGUCUUUGCGCAGUCCACUUUCGCCCAAGUCAGCAGCCAUACAGCCUCGAAUUUGUCCAUGCCGAUGCACGCCUCUCGCCCGCCGCUCGGACCCACAACCAGCUCUUCCGCCUCCGUCAGUCGCAUCUUUUCCUUCCGCUCUCAAUCUCGCAAGGAGCCGGAAUCCUCGACGUCGGCCGGUUCCGGCAAUGGCCUGAAUCGUCGCAAGUUCUUUGGCAGGAGCAACAGCAUCCGAAGUCUACUCGGAGGCAGCAACGCUAGCUCAGCAGGUAGCAACCCUCUCAGUGCUGGGUCCUCGUUCGUAAGUGACACAAUCUCGGGCGCGUCAAUACCAAGUUCAUCCGAGGCAACUCCUGCUCCCGGACUCUUGCGGCGCAUGGGCAGCAAGAGCCUCCUCAACGUAACCCAAGCCAAGGCCGGCGCCACCAGCAACGCAUCUUCCGAUGACCUCGUGUCCACCGCAUCGGCAGAGUCGCACACGCCAAAACGCUUUUCAGACUCACUCAAAGGCAUGGGUCGACGGCGUGGAAAGACCAACUCCCGAGAGACCAGCAAUUCACGCUCCAGCUCGGAAGCACACCCUGCUGGCCUGGUGCAAGGAGAGGCCCCGACGGGUCACGGAGCCUCCUCUCGAAAGAGCAUCGAAAGCGUCCGCUCUGGUUUAUCGGUCACGUCAGCCGAGCCACAUCCGCGCUCGUCCGAAUCUAGCUCUUCGAAUCAACAUGGGCAGUCUAUUCCUCGUGCUCACGAACAGCAAACGAGCGUGCCAAAACGACUCACGGGAUGGCUCUACAACAUGGUCGGCAGCGACAACAUGUCCGCAUCUCGAGAGGGUGGUGCACCUCUUUCGCCCGUACGCGAGGCGGAGAAUCUCGACUUCGGACACGCUAGCCCGACGCCUGUGCGUCAGGACCCGGGCGGAAACAACGAUGAUGAUGCCCAGUCCAUGUCUCCGCAGCCCAACGCACCUUUCAGCCUGAAGGCCGGCGCCAUACUGCAGUCUCUGACCCCUGCUGGAUCAAAUAAGGCAAUCAAGAUGACAAGCGCAUCGUCAGGUGGCAAUCCCCCAUCUACUUCCGUCUCGUCUAGUGGCGGCGGGAAUGCAGGCUCCGGGGGCAGCAGCAGAACGUCAGUCAACAACGCCGGUAGCGGAGGUGGCGGGAACAAUGCCAGCUGGGUCCCAGCUGGUGUCGGCUUUGAUCGCGCCUUCAAGUUUUUCAUGGACAGCGACGCUAGCAGCAAAGAGGACGAGGGAUGCUGGCUGCUCGGCGUCUACCACGGACCUCGACAGGUGGGCAGAGGUGUUGCGACGGAAGUGUCAGCGCCGCAGGCUCCUGCAACAGCGACAGCGUUGAUCGCCCAGGAAGCAGGAGGCGACGAGAAGAGCAUGGAAGCCAGAGCAUCUUCUCCUUCCUCUCUCGUGUCCACAUCGUCUCCACGUCCGAGUCCACUCGAUUUGAUCCGCUCCUCUCGGAUCUCUUCGUCGCCUGCAUUCGAUCGCGCGUCCUCCCCGUCGAUCAGAGAGGAAAGCCGCGUCGGCAGCUCCAUCUCCACGGCGGCUACCGAAUCCACUUCCGACAGUCUCCGUACCAAGUCAUCGGCUACCAGCUUCAACGUGGUCCCGCGCACUCCUUCCUCACUUCAUGCCGACUCGAACUCUGCGUUUCAGCGUGACUUCGCUUCAAGGAUCUGGUGCACCUAUCGCAAUAGUUUUGCACCCAUCUCGCGUGAUGGGACCAUCUCAGAUCAAGCUGCUUCGGCGGCUGAGGUGUCUGCAACAGCUCUGCUCGAGGCAUCUCAUGACGUCGCCGUUCCGUCAACACCGUCCGGCCAGUCAUCCUUCACGGAAGCAGGCCGAUGGAGCAGUCCUCCGACUUCGGCUGGCCGCGGCUGGCUCGGCCGCAAAGUGACCGAGAGUAGCGCCGGCCAGGAGGCUGCCAUGCAAAUGGCCGGACUCGGCGCAGCACUAGGAACAGGGUAUGCCAACGCCUCUUCGACACUGGGUGAAAAGAUGGGCAUCACCAACCUCUGGAGCAGAGCUACAGCAGCGGCGCAGGCUGCCGGGUUUAGUCGCGCUGGACUGACCACGGAUUCUGGGUGGGGAUGCAUGCUACGUACGGGCCAAAGCCUUCUUGCCAAUGCGCUCGUCAACGUUCAUCUGGAUCGUUCCUGGCUGCGAGAGGCGCCACCGAUGCGGCAGGUGGAUUACCUGCAAGAGCUCGCCGGCGCUUCGCUCGAGCCUUCUGCGGAGAAACAGAAUCUCUCGGAAUGGCGAGAAGAGCGAGCGCGCCAUUCGACUUAUAUCAGGAUCCUCAGUUGGUUCCUCGACGACCCCAGCCCAGCCUGUCCGUUUGGGGUGCAUCGCAUGGCAAGAGAGGGCAAGCGGCUUGGCAAAGAGGUGGGCGAGUGGUUUGGUCCUUCCACAGCUGCAGGCGCCAUCAAGCAGCUGGCCUCCGAAUUUCCUUCCGCAGGCAUCGCUGUCGAGCUCGCGCACGACGGUGUCUUUUACCUUGACGAGGUGCGAGUCGCUGCUGGAGCGAAGGCUCCCAUUAAGGCGUCGCAGCAUUUCGGCAAGGCUCGAGCCUCAAGCUCCGACGGUCCUGGUAUCAAGGCAGAUGGCGUCACCUGGCAAAGACCUGUGCUGAUUCUGAUCGGCAUCCGACUUGGUCUUGACAGCGUCAAUCCGAUCUACUACGAGUCCGUCAAAGCUACCUUCUCUUUCCCGCACAGCGUCGGCAUCGCAGGAGGUCGACCCUCUUCGUCCUAUUACUUUACCGGUCAUCAAGGCAACUCGCUCUUCUAUCUGGAUCCACACAACGUACGUCCCGCAGUCCCUCUUCGCUAUCCUCCAAGCGAGUUUCCGCCGGCUGUUUCACGGCAACACGACAUGGCUCAUCGCUUUGUGCUCGAGGACAGAGAUGACGAGGACGAGUGGUGGUCGCACGCGUAUUCAGAGGCUCAGACGUCCACAUUCCACUGCGAGAAAGUGCGCCGGAUGCCUAUCAAGUCGUUGGACCCGAGCAUGCUCUUGGGCUUUCUGGUCAAGGACGAAGCAGACCUCGCAGAUCUGUGCGCUCGCAUCAAGGCUCUGCCCAAGACCAUCUUUUCCUUUGCCGAGUCGGCGCCCAAGUGGGUCGACGAUGACGACUUUGACCCGAGCAUGGAGAGCUUCUCGGAGUCUUCGGUUGGCGGAGAGUCUGACGAUGAUGACGCCGACGAGAGGAAGGACAGGGAGGCUGUUGAGCGUGAUUUGCGAGCCACCGGCAGCCAAAACGAGCAAAAGCAGAGUUCAGCGCUUUUCGCAGACGGCAAGAGUGUCUCCGUGUCAAGUGUCAAUCUAAGCGAUGCAGCGCUGAGGGAAAGCCAGCAGAGGACCGCGGAAUGGCUCGGAAAAGGCCGAGCAAUGCCGAGCACCUCGAGGAGACCUGACGCUCCCGCUAACCCUGGUAUCGCAUUCCCGUCCCUCGAUCUGCUGUCCUUGCAACAGGAAGGGCAGGCGCUGCAGAGACCUUCGCGGCUGGACGCUCGUCAGGUGUCAACUUCUUCAGCUGCGACGACACGGCCUGUUCGACGCGGCAAGGAUGACGCCAGCCCGGCGGAUCGGACGAAGGGUCGAGAUCUCACGGCAUCACAAAACUUUGCUGCUCCUCGCCCGCAGCGAAUUUCGCCAUCGCGCAGUCCGAACGAGGCUGGCGCCGACGAGAGCUUCUCCACCGUGCAUCUGUCGGAUACGGAAAUUGGUUCUGCAUGGGAAGAAGUUUCGGACGGUGGCACCAUCGCACCAUCUUCCUCUGCACGCCGCGGCGUGCUGCGCUCUGCCUCCCCACCGCGAGCGAUAGACACCCGUCUGUCUUCCACCGCAGCUGGAGGCGACCCUGGCGCCGUACCUUCUCAUGCGACCGAGGCUGUCGAGGAGAAUCCGCUGUCACCAAUCUCCAUCGUCAGCGACGGUGACUUGGUCAGCCUCAGCCUCGACACACCGGUCAACGAGACACCACUUUCAACGACGCGUCCCGCCGAAGAAGGGAGCUACUUCGGACUCACCGCAGCGCAUACGCCCCUGUCGUUGCCGAGACGCAGAUCGCAGUCCAGGUCGCCGCCUUCCGUGCCUCCUGUUCCAGCUGCAUCCCGAGCAGAAGCGACGCAGAGCAGGCAGACCGACCUCAACUUAGACACCAGCCACGAUGAUUUCUAG